CUUCUCUCUCAUUUUUCCAUUGCAUUUUACGUACCAUUUUUUAUUAUUCAUAUAUUCCAACACAAAAAGCACAAAAAACAUAAGCAACCUACAAAUAACCUAUACAAAAAACACCAAAAUGUAUAACUCGUUACCAAGCCGCAGCGCUUCCAAAGCCAGCUACACUGACCUAAAAACACCCAUGGACACAGACGGUUCGGGGACGCUUAUCCGGAAACUGUGGCAUAUGCGCAAGCCACGAAACAUCUCUAGCUGCACGGACCCCUUUUCAGCAUCCCUCAUGUCGACAACAAAGCCGCUGGUCAUCACGCGGGUAGACCAGCCAUGGAUCCGGCCGAUAGAUCUUCGGGCAGGACUGGAUAUUGGCGAAAUAAUACGCCUAAAAGACGAGCAUAUGAUGGACUCCCCGCGCUCACCGAUGCCGCCCGCUUCGCCCCAAAGCAUAAUGUCUGGGUUUUCCAUGCGCACGGCCGUUAACCGCAAUAGCGUGGGGAUGGAAUGCAUGACAGAUUCGCUGGGGCCGCCGUGCAGCCCGUCUAUAGACACCUUUAGGCAGACGGCCAGUCCCCAGGCGCGCAACAGCAUGACCAACGAUUCGUUUGGGAAGCGCAAACUGCGCCAUGACUACUUUCGUGUGGCCACGAUGGAUGGUAAACCAACCAUACGCAACACCUACACCUGCCCUAUUGCGCUGUGCCGGGCCUCCUUUGAGCACUUUGAGCACUUGCAGGCGCACUGGAAUGAGCACCCGUGGAACCGUGGUGGUAUAUUAACACCCGUUUGCGACGGAGGUGUGCGCCGGUUGGGGUGGUGGGAGCAUAAGAAAAAGUUCUUCGCAUCUUUGGUGCAAGGACUCAGCGCGCCAGAGUUUCCCGAGACUGCAGAGGGUGGGCAGAGAAAAGUGCCGAGGAGGUCGAGGAGCAUUGAUGAGGUGUGUCGGUCAGACUAUGGCGAUAUUAGACUGUUUGGAAAAAGAACAUACCAUGUGUCGCCGCGGGUCGUGCCCAUGUGGCAGGUCACCCAGUGGGAGAACCAAAGGGAUGCCUAAUAGCUCCUUUCUCAAGAACAUUUUUGCUAUAUAUUUACCA